UUACCAGACUCAUCGAGAUCAAUUGAGGGCAAAACACACUAUCAACAGAGCUUCAAGGAGCGUACCAUACCUGAUUCACGGAGCGACGUCAGAACUCAGCCAAAAAGCUCGGUGACACUGACACCCGCUUCUACUCCCACAUCCCGAAGAGCCAGAUGCAACCUUCCCAGCAAAUCAGGACCCGUCACUUCCCAAGCAUUACCCAUCUUCUGUCAGUGCUCAAAACAUUCCGCAGCAGCAUUGGGCCAAACAGAGUCCUGCAUUUGCUCUCUCUUUCCCACGAAGCUGAAGAGGGAAUGUCGUUUACGCGGCAAGUGGUGGUGA